AUGUAUUCCUCGGCCAAAAGUCUCCAGCUUGCUCAGAGAAUCUUCGUAAUUGCCCCCGCCUUUAUACUCUACGGAUACAACCAGGCUGGGCUCUCUGCCCUCCUCACCCUCUCGGAUGUGAUCCGUCUCUUCCCACAAAUCGACACGGUCAACACCGACGGAGCUCAAGAGGCACAGAAUUCCACCAUCAAAGGGCUGAUCAAUGGGACUUUGAUGUUAGGGGCCCUACUAGGGGCAUUGUCAUGCUCCAUUGUCGGCGAUAAGCUCGGUCGACGCAAGACUAUCUUCGUUGGAGGCUGCUGUGCUGCGGUAGGUCAAAUUCUCCAGUGCACGGCCUUCUCCUUGGCCCAGUUCACCGUGGGACGCAUCAUCCUGGGAUUCGGGGUGGGCCAGUUGAGUGUCAUCGUGCCGGUGUGGCAGGCUGAAAGUUCUUCUGCGGGGAAACGGGGGCGUCAAGUCAUCACUUCAGGCAUCUUCAUCUGUGUGGGAUUUUUCUUGUCCAGCUGGAUCAAUCUGGGAUGUAGCAAGAUUGCCUCGCCCCCCCUCCAGUGGCGGAUCCCGCUCGCUAUCCCAGUCGUCUUCUCACUAGUGAUCUGCUUCUCUAUCUUCACCUUGCCGGAAUCGCCCCGCUGGCUGGUCCAGCGCGGACGGAUCUCAGCCGCCACCGAAGCCCUCGCCGCGCUCAACGACAUGCCCAGCGACCACGACCUGAUUCGCCGCGAAGUCUCUCGGAUUAACGCUUCUCUCUCGACAGGGCCUACGAUCUCCUUGCGGGAUGUCUUCCGGAAGAACGACCCGCACCGACUCGGCUACCGCUUCGCCCUGUGCCUCGGUAUCCAGACCCUACAGCAGCUGGUGGGCGGCAACAUGAUCUCGAUAUACACAACAACCAUUUUCCAAGACAACCUGCACCUACAGGGCGACACUCCGGCCAUUGUGGCUGCGAGUGCCCUGACCUGGAAGUUCCUGUGCUCUUUCCUCUCCUUCGCCGCCGUCGACCGGCUGGGUCGCCGCUGGAUCCUGGUGACCAGCGGGACGGGCAUGUGUCUCUGCAUGAUCGCCAUGGCGGUGGCCACCAGCUUUCCGGCGUCCAACCAUGCUGCCUCGGUCACGGCGGCUGUCUUCAUCUUCCUCUUCAACAUGGCGUAUCCCAUUGGGUUCCUGGGCGGCAACUUCCUCUAUUGUACGGAGAUAGCGCCCGCGCCCCUGCGCGCAGUCAUGUCGUCCAUCUCGACCGCCAACCAUUGGAUGUGGAACUUCAUCAUCACGAUGGUCACCCCCGUGGCGCUGAGCACAAUUGGCUGGCGGUACUACAUUGUGUUUGCCUGCACCUGUGCAUGCGUGCCCGUGAUCGUGCUGCUCUUCUUCCCUGAGACGAUGAACCGCGACCUAGAGCUGAUCGACGGGGUAUUCCGGGAGGCGCCUACCAUCUGGGAGAUCGUGCCCAUGGCCCGGCGGUUACCUCAGCAAAGUAGUCCAUCGGCGCGGGUGGAUAAUGAUCGAGAGAAGGCGGUUGAGGCAGAGGGGACGACUGAGGAGCAGCGGGAAUUUGCUUGA